CAUGUCUGCUGUACUUAGAAAUACGAGGUGACAUAAAUCUGGAUUUAUCAGCAGCACUGAAAGCAACACAGCCCAUCUCUUUGGGAAACUUUUUUUUUUUUGCAUAGAUCCAAAGAGGAGCUGAACUGUGGAAGAUGAUAAAGGAAGCCGUGAUUGGGACUCUGUGUGGGCUUGUCGUAUUAACGAUAGGUAUCCUAAUCGGUCACUUUGGCAUCGAAAAGAAAUCAGAAGCCGUACCAUCCUGGCUGAAUGAUGUGGCGAAGGAUGUGGACGAGAAAAUUAUCCAGCAGUUCUUGUCCGAGGUGGAUACGGUCCAAAUCCAGGAGAACCUUAGGGAGCUGACAAAAGUGCCUCAUUUGGCCACAUCGCCUGGGGAUGAGCAGACGGUGCAGUUUGUGCUAAAUAGAUGGCAGGAUGCCCAAACCGGUCUGGAUAAAGCCUGGAGGCAGGAAUAUAAGGUCUACCUUUCUUUCCCUGACCCUAACAACCCAAACAAAGUCACUGUCGUAAACCAGGAGGAUUCUGUGCUAUUCUCUGUGAGAGAAAAGGAGGAGACAUACUAUCCAGAACAAGACGAUCCUCAGGUGGUUCAGCCGUACGCUGCAUACUCCCCAGCAGGACAUGCAAGGGGAAAACUGGUUUACGCCAAUCAGGGGAAACCAAGUGACUACGAGCGUCUGAACCAGACGAUCGACCUAAGAGGAACCAUCGCGAUCACCAGAUAUGGUGGAGAGGGGAGAGGAGCUAAAGCCAUCAAUGCAGCGGCCUACGGUGUUGUUGGUGUGCUGGUGUACACGGACCCUCUGGACAUCAAUGAUGGUCUCAUGUCAGACACCAAUGAGACGUACCCCCACUCCUGGUACCUUCCACCCUCUGGUGUGGAAAGAGGUGCUUAUAGCAAAGACUUCGGGGAUUUGCUCACACCGUACUUGGCUGCCAAAGAGGAAACCUACAGAAUCCCACCUGAAGACAUAUCUGGGAUCCCGCCCAUUCCAACACAACCGAUUGGAUUUGAGGAUGCGAGGAGUCUAAUUUGUGAGUUGGCGGGAGACCCGGCUCCAAGUGAAUGGCAGGGAGGAUUCGAUUGUACCUACAACUAUGGCGGUCCAGGAUUUAAACCUACAUCUCCAUUCAACAGCAGCGAUGUAAAACUGGACAUCUUCAAUCAAGAAAAGAUAAUAAACUCCUCCAAUGUGAUGGGCGUCAUCACGGGAAGCGUUGAGCCAGACAGGUACGUGAUCUACGGGAACCACAGGGACAGCUGGGUGCACGGCGCCAUCGACCCAAGCAGCGGAACGUCGGUCAUGCUGGAAAUCACCAGAGUGCUGGGCGGAAUGGUCAAACAGGGAAAAUGGAGACCUCGUAGGUCCAUCAUCUUUGGAAGCUGGGGAGCAUAUAUUUACAAAGGGAUGAAAAGAAACCGACUGUAUUUGUUUUUCCUGCAGGAAUACUUCACCAAGCUCAGUGAGCGGACUGUUGGUUAUAUAAAUGUGGACAUAGCAGUUUUUGCGAAUGCCACGCUACGAGCUUCAGCAAUGCCAUCGAUGCAAAGUGUCAUCUUUCAAGCUUCACGGCAGGUCAAUGCUGCUGGAUUUGAUUCCACGUCUGUGUACGACAACUGGAUCCGUUACUCCAACAGAACAAGUCCAACCCAUGGAGUCAUUCCAAGGGUGGGAUAUUUGAAUGGAGCAGGGAGUGAUUACGCUGCCUUUGUCCAUUACCUGGGAAUUGCUUCCAUAGAUAUGUCGUACACAUAUGACCGGAGUAAAACAAACGCUCGGAUUUACCCUGCAUACCACACUGCAUACGACACUUUUCACUACGCUUCAAACUUCAUCGACCCCGGAUUCGUUGGUCACCAAGCUGUCGGCAGGACUGCGGGAAACAUCCUCAUCCGACUGGCCGACAGUCUGCUCCUGCCUUUUAACUGCAGCGACUACGCUGAGAGUCUGGAGGAUUACCUGAACACGGCUGUGACCUCUUACCAGACACAACUUCAAGCUGAAGGCAUCUCAAUGGAACCACUCAAACAUGCUGUGGCCAACUUUCGCAGAGCAGCAGAACAGCUGGACAAAGUGAUUCAGAGCUCAGACCUGGCAAAGGAAACGCCGCUAAAGGUCAGAAAGAUCAACGAUCAGCUCAUGCUGAUGGACCGAGCCUUCUUGAAUCCUCUGGCCUUCCCAGAUGAAUACGGAUUCAGACAUGUAAUCUGGGCUUCCAGCAGUUCCGGGAAGCCUACCUUCCCAGGGUUAGCGGAUGCCUUUGCCCGAGCGGAGUCAUCAGGUUCGUCCAGCGACUGGCAAAAAGUGCACUACCACCUGUCCGUAGUGAGCCAAGCCAUCGAAGGGGCUGCUGACAUGCUGAAUGAAGUUAUAUAGGCAGAUCUCCAUGCAGAACACUCCAUAACAGUCUUUAUUUAUUAUAGUGCUGAUAAAGAUUUGGAAAUCGGUGUAGAACACACUCAUUUGGGGAAAGUGUUUAAAGGAUUGCAAAUAAAUGUAGUUUUUCCCUUCUAAAUGCUGUUUUUAAUAGUGUGUUAUUUCUGCUAAAGCCAAACAGUCCUAAUACCAAAGAAGGCCUAAAUCAGUGAUGUUGUGUUUUAGACAAGGGAAGGUUGUCAGCGCGCUCUGAAAUUCAUCAAAUGAUUCAAUUUAGAGGAUGUGAAAUGAAAGAUUGUAUUCCAUGAUACAAAUUAAUGAAAAAAGUGCAGUUUUUGUAAUAAAGGUUCUAAUUAAACUUCUAUUUGUUGUCUUUGAUUAUUCAAGUUUUCUUUUUGUGUUGGACUAUUUUAAAUCGGAUUUUGUGUUGGAACUGAUGGUUCUGAAAGUUUUUUGGUUGGAAAACCACCGGUGUUUUGGCUAACAGCACAUAGACACAGCAUAGGAAAAAAAAAGUCGUAUAGUCCAAAGACACUUAAACGUAUGCAUGACUGAAAAAAAAUAAAAAAACGAAUGAAACAGUACACUAGCCACAGUCUAUUGCUUAAGAAAGGAAACAGUUUGCUAUAUGCCAGAACCAAGCUGUUUAAAGAAUACUGUCUGUGUCUGAAAUAAAUCCACACCCAGUAGAUCAUGAAGACACGACUGUUGCCUAAAUAGAUCUGUGUGCUGAAGUCAUAUGUCAAGCAUCGUUUAUAUUUGGACUGUAAAUCUUAUUUUUUUUUUCUCCAGUGUUGCUUUAUCCUCAAAAUACAUCGGAUCAAAGAAUCAUGAAUCCGAAAGUUACCAGGUCUCGAUCAUCUUUAAAGAGCAUCAGCUGAAGCCGAUAUGAGAUUGUCUAGUGGUUCUCAAACCUUUCACAACAUGCACUACCUCGGUAAACUCCGAGUUUUCCAAGUGCAGCCUCCCUUACAUGCAUGAUAAACAGCAGAAUAACAGAAUUCAGUCUCUCUCAAGUUAUCAUGCCAUGUAAUUGAAACAAACAAGAAGAAAGAAAGAAAAAAUGUCAUCCAGAAUUUCUGCACAAUAGGCUGAACGUUAGAGUUUCAUUUAGUGUUCAUUUUAGUCAGAAGGUAAAAAAAAUAUCAUGUUCCAAGUUGGAAAAGUUACAGGAAAGGUACAUAGGCUGAAGAAAGGGUCCUGGGGAUGAAAUGAAAAGUGGGAAAGUUUGUUUUCUCACUAACAAUUACCUGAAAAUCCAUUGUGAUGGCUUUGUAUAAGGAAAACCUAGUGACAGCUAUGGUAAAAAAAAAAAAAA